CAGCACAGCUUGUCCUACUGAACCUGGCCUGUGUCAGGAAUGGCAAGAGUCCCAAGUGCUGCACCGCAUGCCCUGUGGAUCCUUUUCUUUUCAUAUACAACAAAUGAAGUUAUGGCUGCAGGACACAUGGAGGAAUUUGCAUGCUUCACUGACUACGACAGAGAGCUGGUUUGUCACUGGAAGGUGCCUGCACAAACAAAUUGCUCUAAAGAAUUCCUGCUCUACUACAGGAAUGAAAUUGCUUUUCCACUGUAAAAAUCAUGUGUGUGUCCCUGAGAAUGGAAGAGACAGUUUGUGCACUUGCACAAUACAUCAGGAUUAUUUUGUAUCAGCCCUCACCUAUAUUCUGGCUCUGCAGUUCAAUGGGAGUGAUAUGUGGAAUUACAGUGUUAAACCAGCCCUGGUUGUUAAACCACGGGCCCCCAAAAAUCUUGCCAUUGAGAAAGCUGAAAAUGGUAACUUCAAUCUGAGCUGGGAGGAGGGCUACUCUCCUCCGUCCAUGCUCUCUGGAGAGCCAGUCAUCUAUGAAGUGAAAUACUGGAGGAAGCACCACCCAGCAGAGGUUUCUGUAAAAGCAAUUAACUACCAGGCAAAAAGCUUUGAAAUUACUGCAAGCUCCUUGAGGAGAGGCUAUGAUUACAUUGCAAGUGUAAGGUGUAACUAUACACACUACCCGGCCUACUGGAGUGAAUGGAGUGAAGAAGUUGAAUUUCACUAUGAUCACCAAAUAACAGCUGAAGACAUUUUGCAGACAGCUGUUCCUGUAUCCUGCAUACUGAUCAUGGCAGUGUUUGUGAUUUGUUACUUCUGUUUUACCAAAGUGAAGAAAGAAUGGUGGGAUCAAAUCCCAAAUCCAGCAAAGAGCCACUUGGUCGUAAAAAAUGUCAAGUUUUCAGUUUUGUGCUACAUUGAUGAAAUUAAGUUCCCUUUCCAUGACUUAAAGCAGAGUCAUAUGGAAAACAAAAUAAACUGCAAGAAGUGUCUGGAUCAAAGUUUGUCAAGCCAAAACUUCAAGGGAAAAGAUAACAUCAGAAAUGUUGAGAAAUCUUGCGAUUGCCACAGCAAGUCUGGAGAGUGGUUUCGAAAAGGCAGCAGUGCAGUUUUAAUCCCUGAGACAGUUCUGGUUGAAAAGUCUAUAGAAAUCUGUGAUUGUUUAACAGACAUUGAGGCUGAUAGCCACGAAGAGACUAGUGACCAGCUCACCACGUUUGAGACUUGUGCAAGCAGUGUCAGUCCUUUCAGAGAGCACGCAGAACACAAUGAUGCACUGGCCAGGAUGUUUAUUGAUCUCCUGGCAGAUGGAAACAACAAGCAAGAGAAAGACCUGGACACCAGUGAGAAUAAAAACUUUGAGAAACUUGAAUCAAAAAAUCCAUCACAGCAAAUUCCAAAGGAAAGCACAGCCCAGAAUCAGCAGCCACGUGAUAUUUUUCAUACAGUCUCCCUUUUCACCAAAGCCUCUGCAGAUGACAACUGUAGCACACCCAGCAAGAAGUCAGAACAAUCAGAAGAAUCCUUUGAAUCUGGCUAUCGGAGCUCCAGUGUAAAUUCUGCUUCUCUGGAUGCAAGAGAUGUUCAGCAUGUGGUUGAUCAAAGCCUUUAUGCAUGCAGUUCUGAAAGUCAGCAUGACUCGUGUGUCCUAUUCCAGGAAUCUCCAAAUAAACCAUCCUCUAGUACCAAAAAAGAUAGAGUAAUCAACCCUGCACACAAGAGUUUUGAUACCCUUGUGUCUCCAUCCAUGGAGCUGUGUAGCUCAGAAUAUAAGAGCUUUGACACCCUUACCUCUCCGUCCGUGGAGCCCUGCAGUUCUGCCUGCAGGAGCUGUGACACCCUUAUGUUGUCAGCCGUGGAGCCCUGUAGUUCUGCAUACAAGAGCUUUGAUAUUCUUGUGUCUCCAUUCAGGGAACCAAGUGGCUCUGCAUAUAAGAGCGUUGAUACCCUUCUGUCUCAGUCUAUGGCUGACAGUAGCCUGACUCUGGGUUUUGAAAAUGUGUGCUCCUCGCAGCCGUUGACACAGUUUUCAGAGACACCAGAACUUAACUGCAGAGGUCAGCUUUAUGGAAUCCCUAGCAAUCAGACACGUUAUACUAACGACAGAUGUCCCCACACUGAGCCUGAUUUUCAGGACAUCUCUUCAGAACAUACUGAUUUUCAGUCUUUCUCCGCACAUGCAAAUGACAGGGCUUCAGCUUUCCUACCAGAGGAAGAAAUGCAUAAGCAAGUAACAUAUAAAAAUGUUCAAAAGAAAGACAAUAUAAUAUCUUGCCUCACUGAACCUCAACCAUCUAGUUAUCAACCUUUUGGUAAUGCAGUUAAAUGUAAUGGUGCAUAUGGCAGCAAUGACAGUGAGGUUAUCCCGGGGUCGCUGCAUGAACCCUUCGUCCAUCAUCUGUACAACAACCUGAGAGAAACACCUCCAGACACCGCCAUCCGUGACCCACUCCAGAGGACGGAUGACCACGUGUGUUUGAUUGUGCAGGGGUUUGACUGUAGCGUUGUCCCAGCAUCUUGUGAGAAUGUCACACAGACCGUUGAUGGCAGCCUUUGGAUCAUCAACUCUAGUGAGCUGUCUGCUGAUAGUAAAGAUGAAAAUACCAACAGAGAUGAACAGCUGUUGCAUUUGUUAGAGCUGAACUGUCAAGAUUUUAACAGCAGAGAAAGGACUAUAAAGGGAACAAAAUCUAGGAGGUUUAACUCCACUGGUAAAGGAAUGCAGGAGAGCAGCAGUAACAGACUAUAUACUGACUUUCACUGCCACACGCAUAACCCCUUGAGGAAACUUGGAAAUGCAGGGGAAAAUAAAGCGGUGAUAAAGCAUGUGGCAGGCAGGUGGUGUGGCUCAGCAGCCAGCUUGCCAGAAGAAUCACUGGACAGUAUUGGGCUAAACUUGGAAAGAAAAAUUGCAGGGCUCCUGGUCUCAGACAGGUUGUCACCUCCUCUCUUUGUGGAUAACUCCUGUCCUCCUGAUUCUCACACCAUUCACAGUGAGGGUUCCAUACUGGCACCUGCAGUUAAAAAAAGACCAGUAGAACUGUUGAGGGAAAACAACAAGAAGAAUGAAAAAAAAAUAAAACUUGAACAAGCCCUUGCCCCAGAGGACAACUACUACAUGAAGGUAGCCUAG